AUGAGUGUGAGAAACAGAUCCUGCUCUUCCUCCAUCCUUCAAGCAUGCAGUUCAUCCUUUACCAGACAGCCAUCCCGUGUGUUGAUAGUGGACGCAUCGCCCCCCUGGUGGUCAGAAAUAUGCUCUGUUCUGUGUCAGGCCUUGGAAAACUUCUUUUUCAUCGCCAGCAGUCUGGCAGGACCUGUCCGCCUGCCUCUGCUCAGCAUCUCUGCCAUCAGCGCACAGCUAGAGUGCCUUCUACCCUUCGUGCAAGUGAAAGGGAAUUUGACACGUCUUCUGUGCUGUGUGGAGGAGCUGCGUUCUCUGCCUCAGGAGGGCUGUAUUCGGCAGCGGGGGGCACUCCUUAAACAGGCAGUACUGGACAGCCUGCAGCAGUUUAAACAAUACAUGUGUCAUACAGCUCUUGGGGACAUAAACAGCAACUGUGUGGAGGUGACUGUAUUGACCUGUCAAUCAGGUCACAUGCUCCUGAGACAGCUCGAGAAAGAUCUCAAAAGCUCUGAUCUGACGAGUCUACGCAGACUUUUGGUUAUUCAUAUCAGCCUACAGCAGAACCUCUCAGACCAAUCCCCAACAUGUAGCCUAGAGACGCCGUCAUCAGAAGAUCACAAUGACCAUGAAGAGAGCCUGAUGUUGGGCACAGAGAUGGACUUGCAGCAGGUGGAGGGCACAGUUCUGGCUGUGGAAAAUGCUUUGAAGAUGUGGCUGCAUGAACAAGGUGGAGACCGGGAGCACCUCCACCUGCUGUUACCCCCCUCUCUAACAGUACAAGGUUCCACACCCAACCCUGCCAACAACAAACCGGGCCCUGUCUGUUUAAAGUGUGACAUGCAGGAGAGGCUUCUAAGCCCAGUUCUGUUUCCCAGCACUGCUGACGUUGGAGUGAAAACAGAAAGCAUGCAAGAUUUCCAACCUCCAAAUAAGACCAACCAGAAUCUUUCACCAAAACGUCUACAAGUUGUCAAAGUUCUUCAUGCCGAUGGAGUGUGUCAGUCUGUGCUGUAUGGACUGCCUCUUGUUAUCAGACCAACCUCCUGCUGGCAGCUGGACUGGGAUGAGAUAGAAUCAAACCACCAGAUGUUUCAUGCUGUCUGCCACACACUUGAAACACGUGAUUGGUUCCUGUUGGUGCGUUCAGAGUUGAGCUCGGGUUCCGGUUCUGGUGUAUUCUCCUACUACAUACUUCAGUCCACGGAUUCACUCUCUCUGCUUUUGAAACCAGUGUUGACUCGAGAACUAAUGCUUCCCUGCACUUUACUUCCUUCAACGGAGGAACCCCCACUCCAUGCACUUGCCACUGUGGAGGCUCGACACUCUCAGAGUCGUGUGCGGGCCACGGUGGCCCCUCUCUCCUCCACUCCUCCGAACAAGAUACCCCGUCCCUCGCUCACCCUCAGCCACUCCCGACCCCGUGGCUCCGCUCACUUUUUCCAAGACUACGAAGAGGAAGAUCUUCUGAUGGUCCAGAGAAAGUGA